UAGAUCUCCGAGCUGACCAGCCCAACUCCCCCCACUCCGGCAGAAGGCAACAGAGGGUUAGGGUUCCGGCCGCCGGAGCAAAUCACACGGAGGAGCAGAGCCAGCAGUCGAGAGAGAAGGGAGAUGAGCGGGAGCGCGUUCAACGCCUUCAAGUCGCGGGUGCCGGUGGCGUGGAGCCCGAAGCUGUACAUCACGCUGGUGCGCGGGCUGCCCGGGACGCGGAAGCUCCACCGCCGCACCCUCGAGGCCAUGCGCCUCCGCCGCUGCCACCGCACCGUCGAGCACCGCACCACGCCCUCCCUCCUCGGCAUGCUCACCCAGGUCAAGCGCCUCGUCGUCGUCGAGACCGAGGAGAUGUACAACGCGCGGAAGCAGGCCGACGAGCAGCGCCGCGCGCUCAGGCCCCCGCUCGUCGUCUCGCACGCCCCGACGCCCAAGCCGGCCGCCGCGCCGGAGGGCGCAGGCCAGUAGUCGCCUCCGGGCAUCAGAGUCAUCACAAGCUCUGGUCGCGUUGAUCAACUGAGCCGUCGUUUCAUUUGCUGGAGGCCGCCUCUUUCUAGUUGCUCUUUGUGUGUUCUUGCUCCAAAGAUUGUGUCUUCUUCUCAGUUCUUGUGAUCUGUUUAUUUUUAGAUAAGCGGAGCCGAAAAUUGUUACAGCUUAGGUCCAUACGGUAUGCUGUUGAUUUGUUGGUUCCCUCCCCACCAAAGGGAUUACUAGCUUGGAUUUUAUUUUUUGCCUUGUUGCCAGGGUCGCAACACUGUUUGACUUCUUAAAAUCACAACAAUUUGGUAAAAUUAGUCGUGGGAUUGGCAA